CCCGGAAGCGGCGGCGCGGCCCGGGCUGGAGGGCCCUGGGCGCUGGAGUCCCGACGGGUUCCGGGGGGCGGGUGGCCCCCACGGCCCCCACCCUCCGCGCCGCCCGCUCCUCCCACAGCUGGCACGCCAGUGCCACUUCAGAAAGGCUUGGAGAGGGGCGUCUGGAGAGGCCCCCGCGGAUGCCCACGUGGCGGGCAGCCCCCGAGCCCGCCCGGGCUGUCCCGGCCUGCGGGGAGCAUGGGCGUGCUCAGGGUCGGACUGUGCCCGGGCCUCACCCAGGAGAUGAUCCAGCUUUUGGGGAGCCGUGGGAUCAAGACAGUGGUGGACCUGGUUUCUGCAGACCUGGAGGAGGUAGCCCAGAAGUGUGGCUUGUCUUACAAGGCCCUGGUCGCCCUGAGGCGGGUCCUGCUGGCUCAGUUCUCAGCUUUCCCCUUCAAUGGCGCUGAUCUCUAUGAGGAACUGAAGACCUCCACUGCCAUCCUGUCCACUGGCAUUGACAGCCUGGACAAACUGCUCGAUACUGGUCUCUAUACUGGAGAAGUGACUGAAAUUGUAGGAGGCCCAGGUAGCGGCAAAACCCAGGUAUGUCUUUGUGUGGCUGCAAAUGUGGCCCAUGGCCUGCAACAAAACGUCCUAUAUGUUGAUUCCAGUGGAGGGCUGACAGCCUCCCGCCUCCUGCAGCUACUUCAGGCUAGAACCCAGGAUGAGGAGGAGCAGGCAGGAGCUCUCCAGAGGAUCCAGGUGGUGCACGCAUUUGAUAUCUUCCAGAUGCUGAAUGUGCUGCAGGACCUUCGAGAUUCCGUGGCCCAACAGGUGACCAGUUCUUCAGGAACUGUGAAGGUGGUGGUCGUGGACUCAGUCACUGCGGUGGUCUCCCCACUCCUGGGAGGACAGCAGAGGGAAGGCUUCGCCUUGAUGAUGCAGCUGGCCCGAGAGCUGAAGACCCUGGCUCGGGACCUGGGCACAGCAGUGGUGUCUGUCUUCCUGCUGCAGGUGACCAAUCACAUAACCCGAGACAGGGACAGCGGGAAGCUCAAACCUGCCCUUGGGCGCUCCUGGAGCUUUGUGCCCAGCACCCGAAUUCUGCUGGACACCACUGAGGGAGCAGGAGCAUCAGGAAGCCAGCGCACUGUGUGUCUGACCAAAUCUCCCCGGCAGCCAACAGGUCUGCAGGAGAUGGUAGACAUUGGGACCUGGGGGACUCCAGAGCAGAGCUCGGAGUUACAGGGAGAUCAGACGUGACUGGUGCUGUUGAUUGGGGAGCAAGGAGGCAGUGAGCCCCCCCAACUUUCCUUCCCGGUAAUGCCUGCUGUUUACUGCCACCCAGCACUUGGGACUGCAGAAGCUCUCAGGCUGGCCGGAAGAGACAUCUCAGUGUCCUCAGCUUCACUCUCUGGAUGCAUAUAAAGCUACAGGCGAGACAGGAUGCUGCGGUGGGAGGGCCCAGACAUUCAUGCUGGUGCCAUGUUUCCACCAUGUAUGUUUCCAGUGGGAGCCAAGUUCACCCUGGCUUGGGGCAUCUGUGAAGAAGCAUGCUAGUGACCAGGUGGAUAACACUGUGUCACCGUUGUGUCCUGUGCUCCAUCCUGGCACAGAGACCAAGCCAGGAAGCCUCUAGCUUGCCUUUGCUUCUGUCUCUCUUUCUCUCUCUCUCUUUUUUUUUGGCCUCUGCUUUUCUAUCUGUAAGAUGGGGGGCGACUUUCCUCUUAGCUCUGUCUCUGAGUUACUGGGUGGAAAUAACCUUAUAAAUGCAAAACUUCUUCAAUUAUGUUCUGCUCUUAAAAAUAUAAAAAGGAAAUUCCCUGAGCCCCAGAGCCACCUGAAUUUCCCCCAGAAGGUUUUUCAGUUUCCCCCAGCAAGGCCCCCAAGAAGGUAUUCCUCCUUUCCUCUUGCUGAUUUGGUUUCACACACCUGCAUGCAUCACCUUGACUAGGUGAGAAUGUGAGCUCGCUGCAGUCCCAAGGAUAUAAUUUAACAGGAAGGGAGGAUAUGACCUGCUCCUGGUGAAUCCAGCCACUUGUUUAAUAUGCAUGGUGCCCUGUGGGGCCCCCCCACUGUAUAGACUAACCAGAGGUGCCGAACCAUGGCCUUGCGCAUAAACAGAGGAGAAUUUGCACAGGAAAUAGAGCCAGCUGGAAAGAUUGAUGGUGAUGUAAAUAAUACAUGGCUAAUCUAGUCCUUUAUGCAGAAAUUCAUUGCUGGUGGCUCUGAGAUGCAAUAUAAUUACACCUCUCUUCCUGCCAGCUGUACCAGAGCCUAGUACCCUAGUGUAUGAAAUAACCCCACUGUCUGUCACCAGCACCGUGGCCCAUCCGUCUGAGAGCCAUGACCCUGAGUGGGAGGGGAGGAUGAUGCCAGGGAAUGGGAAAUAAAAGGCAAAGUAGAGAAAUA